AUGACUGGAAAGCUGACUCUGGACAACUCCCCUGACGAUAUCCAUCACAUCAGAUUGUCCAUCAACCAAUCGGUUGCUGUUGCUUCACCCGGCAACCCAAACAACUAUCCCAACAACCUUCGCAUCGCGUGGUUCUUUGAGGUUGCCCAUGGCAACAGCGCCAUUUUGAAUUUCACUGCUUUUGAUCUCGAAGCUGGGUACGACUAUUUGAAGGUCGGUUUCGGGAAUGAUUCGGGAUUGGAGGAGACUCGGCUGAUAACACUGAGUGGUAACACCGUACCGACAGAGAUUAACACCAGACACCGGACUAUCUGGAUGGAGUUUAGUUCAGAUUCUGCAAUCGGCGGUGAAGGAUUUUUGCUUGAAGUCCGCGGGGAAGAGGACACCAUCGAUAUUUCUCCGCUAGAUUUCCAGUCAAAGGAUGACCAGACCUUCCUGAUAUCCUCGCAGAAUCAUCCACAGAACUACUCUCACAACUCCUUGGUUUCUUACAUCAUAGAGGCACCCGAGGGGUCCUACAUUUACGUCAAAGUGUCGUUUUUUGACACAGAAAACGGGAAAGAUAUUCUGUUCAUCGGGGAAGGGACAGAGGUUGGAAAAAAAGAUACACUUCGUGACGCUUUCACCGGAGACUUGAACAGAAAAUAUUCAACCGUGGAAUCUAAUACUCGUUGGCUCUGGGUCAUGUUCGUGAGCGAUUACAAGAACGCCGGUGCUGGCUACCAGAUGUCGAUCACAUACGUAACACCCAAUAUUCGCCUUUCCCUUGACGAAACCAUCACCAUCCUCUCGACCACCAACCUGGAGUACUCAUCUCGUCAGUUCAGCGUUGCAAGAUGGCGAAUUGAAGCCCCUGAUGACACCAUCAUGAAUAUACGAUUCCUGGAGUUCGAUCUCGCCCCCAGCCUCGAGUUCUUCGUGGUACUUGAUGGCCUUCGUCCUCACAAUCGUGAGCGGUAUCGCUUCGAGUAUGACGGGAACCAACUACCUCCCGACAUCGUUUCACUCAGUAACCGAAUGAAUAUUGUCUUCGCGACCUACUCGGACACGUUAAAUGGUACUUUCGUUAUAGAUGUAACGGCGAGAGCGGCUCAACAUGGUGAUUUGUCCCCGACCCGCGUCCCUGCCGGAGGAACGGUUUCUCUAACAUCACCCAACUACCCUGGUCCGUACCAGAACUACUUUCAGCGAAUCUGGGUGGUGGCUGCUCCGAAAGGAUACAUCAUUCGCUUCAGGUUUCUAGACAUUCGACUGCCGAAUGAUAACGAUUUUGUUAAACUCGGUGAUGGAUUCUACUACUUAACAGAGGGAACAGAGAUUCUCAUUGUAAGUGGACAAUCCGAUAUGACACACGAAGAUGUUUACUACUACACUGAGACAAACGCCAUUUGGCUCCACUUCAAGUCCGACCCAACAGACGGUAACGGUGGAUUCAAACUAGAAAUCUCCGCCAUAACACUGCCAAUCGUUCUCGAUGUCAACGAUGUCCAUACGCUGGAAUCACCAACCUACCCGAUGCCUUACGAAAACAACGUCUUCAUUGAAUGGAACGUCGAAGUGCCACCUGGUUUCGGUGUCCUCCUCCGAUUCAUCAGUUUCGGUUUGACGGAUCCAGAAGAUGUCCUGUCAGUUGGAAAGGGCAGUGAUUCAAACGACUCAAGUAGUGUCGCGGGCAGAUUCACAGGCCUUCUUACUCCAUCAGAUUUCGUGGUUUGGUCAGACAGAGUCUGGAUAAGGUUCACUUCUGAUUCAUCAGGACUAGGAGACGGAUUUGUAAUCGAACUAAGACCCAUCGAGGGAGAAGGUCAUUGCCUCAUCCCUCUUGGAAUGGAGAGUGGUUGGAUACCCGAUAACAGUCUCUCUGCGACCAGUCAAAGAGAUAAGACCCAUAGCUCAAGUCAAGCUAGGCUUCAUGGAACAUCGUCAUGGAUACCUGACCCGGAUGUAGAUGACUCUACCAUUCAGGUAAAUUUUGACCAAGGUCACUACAUCACUGGAAUCCUCAUCCAGGGCGGAUUAGAAAGUGUAGGCACCUGGCUUGAAUCGGUUCUCGUCACUUUUGAGGAUGAGAGUGCAGAGAUAGUUCAUGGAACGUGGAACCCAGAGUCAGUGUCUCUCAUUCUCUUUGUACGCCCUCGAUUGACUAGUCAUAUCCGUAUAACACCGAGGAGCAAAAAUCCUAAUCUUCUGGCUCUACGUUUCGAGAUCCUUGGAUGUCAAAGUGGUUGUCAUUUUGAUCUCGGGCUGGCUUCAGGCAUUCUGGAAUUAACAAAUAUUGAGAUGCACAGAGCUCUAAACGAAUCAGAGUCGAACUUUGAAAAUCUGAGGCUUUGGCCUUACGAGCACAGACCCCUGACAGGUUGGGGAGGGCGCUCUUCAAGCUAUGAUGGUGAUUGGGUAGAAGUUUUCAUAGGGAGCCGCGCCAUAGUUCGAGAGGUCAUCAUUCAGCAGUGUGAUGAUGGACGGAUUCUUUCGUUCAACCUGACGGCUAUGUCAGAUGAUGUCUCACAUAUAUUUCAGUUUGAUAUUUCUGAUUGCGAGACGGCGAUGUGUAAAGUAACCCUCCCAGAAGGAAUCAUAGCUACACGAUACAGGGUACUUCCAAUCGACUGGAACAACAGAUUGUGUUUCCGACUGGAGCUCAUAGGAUGUUAUAUUAUUGACUGUGCGUCUCGAUACUGCGAGGAGAAUUGCUCAUCAGCGUAUCUUUCCCCUGACGUAGCGACGGAAAUAUCCACGGACCAAUCAAGAGCAUUCCCCCCUCGUGCUAUGUGCCAUCAGGAAAUCAGAUUGCCAGUAGGCCACUAUGUGGUGUUCAUUUUCCAUGGAUUCCAGUGGCUGUGA